AGUCGCUGUGUGGCAUUGGGCUCAAGGCAUCUCAUCAUGUAGCUGUUCAAUACCUGAUGCGAGCCGCAUCCUUCCGCCCUAGCUGCUUCAGAAGGGUCAAUGCUUUUACUUUUAGAGACCCCGGCGGGGUACGCACUCUUCACGGUGAAGAACAAGAAGCUCCUCAAGGCUGAUGCUGACUCCAUCUUCGAGAACUUCAAGUCCGUCACUGACGCCUCGCGGCAAGUUGGGCUCACGGCCUUUCACAAGUUCGAAGAUACCAAGGCAGCCAUGGAGGCCUGCACUGAGCUCACGGAGUCCUCAGUGGGGAAGAGCCUCAAGAAGUUUCUGAAGAAGAAUGUGGUCGACGCCGGGCUCGCGGACAGCCUGACAGUCCUGGACAAGCAGCUGGGAAUAAACAUCAACAAAAAACUUGGGAUCGAGGUGUCCGUGAUGAGUGACAACCUGCGCGAGAUCAUGCGCGGGGUCCGACUCCACCUGACCGAGUUGAUUGAAGGCCUGGACGAGCAAGAGGUCAGAACGAUGUCCUUGGGCUUGGCACAUACCCUGUCACGCUUCAAGCUGAAGUUUUCACCAGACAAGGUGGAUACCAUGAUCAUCCAGGCUGUCGGGCUCUUGGAUGACUUGGACAAGGAGCUCAACAAUUUCGCGAUGAGACUCCGAGAAUGGUAUGGUUGGCACUUCCCGGAGAUGGGGAAGAUCAUCACCGAAAACCUCGCCUAUGCCAAGGUCGUUCGGCUCAUGGGGCUGAAAACCAAGGCCAAGGAGACGGACUUCUCGGAGGUGAACGUUCCAGAGGAGAUUGCGGCGGAGGUGAAGCAAGCGGCGGAGACCUCCAUGGGCACCGAGAUCACCGAUGAAGAUCUGGGCAACAUCAAGACCUUGAGCGAGCGCGUCAUCGAGCUCACCGAGUAUCGGGCCUCCUUGUCGGAAUAUUUGAAGCUGCGAAUGACGGCCAUUGCGCCCAACCUGACCUUCAUGGUGGGCGAGCUCGUCGGCGCCCGACUCAUCUCGCAAGCUGGGUCGUUGAUGAGUUUGGCGAAGCACCCCAGUAGCACUGUGCAGAUUCUGGGAGCCGAGAAGGCGCUCUUCCGAGCCUUGAAGACGAAGAAGCAGACCCCAAAGUAUGGGCUCAUCUACCAUGCCUCGCUGGUGGGUCAAUCCGCUCCGGCCCUAAAGGGCAAGAUCAGUCGCGUUUUGGCGGCGAAGCUGUCCUUGUGCUGCAGGGUGGAUGCCUUGGGCGACCAGGUGGAGCCGACCUUGGGUGAGGAGUUCAAGGAGUACGUGGAGAGGCGUCUGGCGACGUUGGAGGAGGGCGGCAUGAAGUCCCUCAGCAAGGGCAUCAGCAGGCCCACGGCUGGAAAGCACCAGAAGAAGCCCUCGGUGAGAGGCAGCGGUGCUGCGCACAGCGCGGAGGACGACGUGGUCGAGGCGCCCAAGAAGCGGAAGGCCAAGGCCGUUGAGGCCGAGGCGGAGGAAGAAGCUGAAGAAGCACCGGCACCGAAGAAGAAAAAGAAGAAGAAGGUGGUCGAAGAAGAGGCUGAGUAGGCUUCUGCAAAAAGCUCCGGUUUGGAUGCCGACGAAGAUGUCAACCUCCCCGCGGCCGAACGACUCCACGUGGGUAUGGCCAGAGAACUCGUCAUCUAAACGAGUUGCAGAACUCGUCAUCCCCCGGAUCCCUUUGAAUCUGAGAGCGGCCAUCCCCAACUGAUCAGUUUGAGGUUUCACCCGCAAAGCCAAGAGGAUGCGAAAAGAAUGGCUUUGCGGGUUGGAUGGCGGAAGGUGGCGGUCUUUGCAACAAACCUUCGACCUCUCGGGACCCCAAAAAGCGAAAGAGCUUGAUAUGGAGGAUCAUAGAGGAUCCACCGCAUGAUCC